UACGCAACAGGGGGGCCUUGCGCGACCAAAGGACACUGCAGUAAGCCUCUGCAGCGAGCAGGCCCUCCGACGAAGCUGCCCGAGUCCCUGCACCCCGAAAUGGCUCGGAGGCAGGACGAGGCGUGGGCUGGCGUGCCCCUGAAAGCAGAAGGCCGGCAGGACGGGGAGGUCCGCCUCAUUCUGUACCACUGGACGCACUCCUUCAGCUCUCAAAAGGUGCGAUUGGUAAUUGCUGAAAAGGCAUUGAAGUGCGAGGAACAUGAUGUAAGUCUGCCCCUGAGUGAGCACAAUGAGCCUUGGUUUAUGCGUUUGAACUCAACUGGAGAAGUGCCUGUCCUUAUCCACGGGGAAAACAUAAUUUGUGAGGCCACUCAGAUCAUUGAUUAUCUUGAGCAGACUUUCCUGGAUGAAAGAACACCCAGGUUAAUGCCUGAAGAAGGAAGCAUGUAUUACCCACGGGUGCAGCAUUACCGAGAGCUUCUUGACUCCUUGCCAAUGGAUGCUUACACGCAUGGCUGCAUUUUGCAUCCUGAGCUCACUGUGGAUUCCAUGAUCCCAGCUUAUGCAACCACAAGGAUUCGCAGCCAGAUUGGUAACACAGAGUCUGAACUGAAGAAACUUGCUGAAGAAAACCCUGACUUACAAGAGGCAUACAUAGCCAAGCAGAAGCGACUUAAGUCAAAGCUGCUUGAUCACGACAAUGUCAAAUACUUGAAGAAAAUUCUUGAUGAGUUGGAGAAGGUCUUGGAUCAGGUGGAAACUGAGUUACAAAGAAGAAGUGAAGAAACUCCAGAGGAAGGCAACCAGCCUUGGCUCUGUGGAGAAUCCUUUACACUGGCAGACGUCUCUCUGGCUGUUACGUUGCAUCGGCUGAAGUUCCUGGGGUUUGCAAGGAGGAACUGGGGACAUGGAAAGAGACCGAACUUGGAAACCUAUUAUGAGCGUGUCUUGAAGAGAAAAACAUUUAACAAAGUUUUAGGACAUGUCAACAAUAUAUUAAUCUCUGCAGUGCUGCCAACAGCAUUCCGGGUGGCCAAGAAAAGGGCCCCGAAAGUUCUUGGCAGCACCCUUGUGGUUGGUUUGCUCGUAGGAAUGGGAUAUUUUGCAUUUAUGCUUUUCAGAAGGAGACUUGGCAGCAUGAUAUUAGCACUUAGACCCAGACCAAAUUAUUUCUAGGUUUGCUGGGCUCUGUGGUAGCAGCACAUCUAACGACUUCACUAGACCCCCAUCCACUUGUCCAGACCCAGUGAAGACUUAAUUUUGGCAACUAGUAGAAAGCAUACUUUAUUUUAUUCAUUGGGGAGUUCAUGUGGGGAAAGGAAUUAAUGAUAUGUUUCCCCUCCCUCUCUCUCCCUUCCUUUCUUUUUUUUUUUUUUGUAGACAACAUGACUUACUUCUAAUCUAUCCCCAAAGGUCAGUGUAACUGCUGACAGGAGACCUUUGAUGGAGAUUGCCAGUUCAUGUUCUCAGUUAUUUUUUGAGAGGUUGUAACUAGGAGCAGAGAGUAAUAAUAACACAUGGCUGCUCAUAGUGCUUCACCUGGUGACUGCAGUCCUGGGUGUGGAACAGUUGCAGGAUCCUUCUCUGGCACUCAGAAGUCAUCUUUGUUACACUAGACACGGCUCAUACACAAACAGGACACUGUACUGUUCCAUCUUCCACUAGCAUCUUUAGGCAUAAGUAAAGGAGAAAAUGGGAAAGGGGAGAAGGAAAACGAGAGAAUGAAGUACAUCUAGAACAGAGCAAUAGGCAGUAACUUCCAGUGGCCUCUACUGCUGUCCACGGGUGCCUCUCUCCUUGGGAAACUCCUACUUGUGGUCAUGCUUCCUCCUUAACUGAGAACUGUUAGGAGGGAGGAGAGGGUUGGGAAGUUAGUGGGGAUAGUAUACUGGGGAGAAACCUACACACUGCAUAGAAAACACUUCAUUUGACCUUAAUUAUGAGUUACACUUGUUGAUUUAAUAAGAUUAACUUAUUAUGUACUUGACCAUGAGGUGCCCAUUAAAACAUAUAUGUUACCACUUAUAUGGAUGUCUAAAGGGGUAGUAGGGUAGUCUUCAUGGCUCCCAUGACCAUGUGAGAUUCUUUCCUGUAGAUGACUGGGUUCAGUCCUGGAGCUUAUAGCCCUCUUUAUACAUAUAAGUAAUAUAUAGAUGAAUGUCUCAGGUAAAUGUUGUGGCUUGUGGCUGGUAGUGGAUAAUUGACAAGAGCUAAAUAUGCUUAUUUUCAUUUGGGGAGACUGGUACAUUCAUGUACAAACUGUUGGUCAGGCUUUGUAUUUUUUUUUAUGAUUAUUGACAAAGCUUUAAAUUAAAGAAAAAAAGGAAAAGCUAGCAUUAGACAUUGACAGUUAAUUUGAGAGAGAUGAAAUAUAUAGCUAGUUAUGCCCACCCAUAUUCAUCCAUGUAUGCUUAAGUACUUGGGGGAUAUCUCAGUCCAUAUGGAAGAGUCCUGGAUGACCUAGGAACAACUACUGGACUAUAAUUCGUGAUUUGUGCUCAGGAAAAACCUAUUGAAGUAGCGAGGCAGUUUUCCUGGAGCUGGCUGUCAAAGCCUUAGGAGAAGCUUCAGGAAUCUGAUGGGAAGCUAGUCCAAAGACUGUGCGUAAAGAGAAAGCCUGCUUGGAUGGCCUCAGGGGUGCUAUGCACAGAGCCAGAGAAUGUACUGACUUUUCAUUAACAGCAAAACGCCACAACUAGUAAACAAUGGGUUUCUGAUGGUAAAAAAACAAUUCUGUAAUUCCAUUUUGAUUCUAUUAUUCAUUUCAUAAUCCAGAUGUACUAAAAAAUACCCCACAUGAGCAGGAUGUGCCUUGUUUGUCAAAACAAAACAACAACAUCAAAAUAAAAAACCCUAACACCCCCAUGUGAACUCAGAUCAAUGAUGAUGAAAUGCACGCAGCUUUCAUGCCAUCUUCCUCUGCCCAUCAGUGUGUCAUGCAAAGUGUCUGAAUCUGCUUAUUGCUAGGGCAUCGCUGUCAUCGUAUUUCUACAACAGCCAUAAAACUAACUGACUAGUAAUUCAGAAUUUCUUACAAUAUUCUGAUAGAAAUAAAAAGUGAGGCACAAAGAAGUAACAAUGGGAAUUUUGUAAAAAAAAAAAAAAAUUGAAUCUACAAAAGGUAUUUAUUUACCUGUGAAAUGAUUGUUCAAGAGUAACUUUUAAUUCAAUAUAUGUUGUUAUGGAAUCAGGAAAUCACUGGGAAAUUAUAAUUUUCAAAUGUAAUUUAUGUGAAACUAGAUGUGUGCCCGUGUUAAAGGUGAAGCAUCUGAGCCUCUUCAAUGGUUUAUAUAGGUAGGUAUUUUUGACAUUUGUGCUUUAAACAUAUUUGUCUAUUGAUAACACCCUGACCACUAGAUGUCGCUGCUCACCCAGUAGUCUAAGACCAUUCCAUUAGGUUCAGCAUGUGUGAAAGGUUUCAAGUGAAGAUUAAACAUUAAUGACCUUAGUUUCUGAAGUGAGGGCAUCUUCAUCAAAAUUAGUCACCUGUGAAAAAGCUUGAGGCAAAUGUAGUAUUGAUUUCUUAUGCUUUAUGAGUGAUGACAGCACUGCAUGAUAUUAAACUAAGGAGGUGCACAGCCGCUGUUAGCUAAAGAGGCACUUGAAUGUAUCUUUUCAGGAUCACUGGUAACUGGCCAAUGUGCUUCUCAUGGGAAAAAAAAGUAUAAAUGCCACCGUUAGAAAAUGCCCAAGGCAUUAAAAGGUUAUGUUGUCUAUGUCUUUCUUAUUACACAUGUACACUAUUUUAUUGGUACUGCCAUUAUAUACCUUUUGAUUCUCAAAACUGGUGAACUGCUUGCUCAAGUUUUAGUAAUUAUUGCUAUUGAUAUCAAAGUUGUAAUGGUGUUGUUGAUUGACAUGGGGAAUUAAAGAUAUUAUUCUGUCUAUAAGAUCAAUAAAAAUAAUUUGAAAAUAAA